AUGGUGCUGGGUCUAGGUGGCAUCUUCUAUGUCACCCUUCUCCUGAUCAACGCAAUCGCCAUCCUCAAUGAGGAGCGCUUUCUGGCGCGAGUGGGAUGGUCGUCAAACCAGCCUCAGUCCUUCGACCAAGGCUUUGGCGGUCCCACUCCCGGACAGAUGGGUCAGGACGCCAGCAUCAAAGCAAGGCUCGUCAACCUCAUCAGCGCAGUGCGGGUUCUCAUGAGGAUCCCCUUGAUUGCCGUCAACAUCGUCGUCAUCAUUUACGAGCUCAUACUGGGCUGA